AUUCAUGAGUCAUAGUGGGCGGACACACGGCUGCAAAUUUCCACCCAAAAGUCCGUAUUUAGUAGUCAACGACCCACAACGAUAAAAUAAAAAUCCCUGCAAAACAAGAAAGGAAAAUUCAGAGACUGAAAAAAAAAAAACACCAACUUUCUGCCAUUUAGCUUUUGUCCACCAGAGCAAAGCCAAACCCAUGUUCCCGCGCUGAUUCAGUCAGUCUUCAGAGUCCUCAAUCCCCCUCCUUCCUCCCUUCCUUUUCCCCUGACCUUCCCACUAACCACAAACACUCGGUCGCCAUUACCGUUUCCCGUCUGGCGGAGAGCGAGAGGGAACCGGCAGAGGUAUCGAUCACUUCUCGUUUCUCUACUUUUCUCUUCCAUCCGAUCAUCGGCAGCUGAGAGAAUGAAGACGGUCAAACCCGGAAGGGGCCACUUCAUCGUGAGGUUGAGAGGGAAGUUAGGGUUACCUGCCGUCUUCCUCUGCUGUUUGUUCUUCUUCCUCGCCGGCCUUUUUGCUUCCAAUCUAGUCUCUCAGGAGGAGCCCGGGCUGAGGUCCAAGUCGCGGAAGCUGCAGUCUUCGUUUGUGGAGACGGCGAAAUUCGAGUACAAUUUGCUGCCUCAGGGGCAGACCGGGGACGAUUCCAUCACGCUUAUCCCCUUCCAGGUCCUGAGCUGGAAACCCCGUGCUUUGUAUUUUCCUAAUUUUGCAACUGCGGAGCAAUGUGAAAGCAUAAUUAGUUCAGCUAAGCCACGCCUAAAGCCGUCAACUUUGGCCUUACGAAAGGGAGAAACAGAUGAAACUACAAAGGGAGUCAGAACAAGCUCUGGCGUGUUUCUUAGUGCUUCUGAAGAUGUCACAGGUGUCUUAGACUUGAUUGAGGAAAAAAUUGCCAGGGCAACCAUGAUUCCAAAGAGCCAUGGAGAGGCAUUCAAUAUUCUUCGUUACGAGAUUGGCCAGAAGUACGAUUCUCACUAUGAUGCGUUCAAUCCUUCAGAAUACGGCCCACAGAAGAGCCAAAGGGUGGCUUCUUUCUUAUUGUAUCUAUCUGAUGUUGAGGUCGGAGGGGAUACAAUGUUCCCAUUUGAGAAUGGAAUGAACGUCCCUGAAAAUUAUGAUUUCAAAGAAUGCAUUGGGUUGAAAGUGAAACCAAGGCAGGGUGAUGGCUUACUUUUCUACUCACUGUUCCCAAAUGGCACUAUUGACCCCACAUCUCUUCAUGGAAGUUGUCCUGUAACAAGAGGGGAGAAAUGGGUGGCGACCAAGUGGAUCAGGGACCAAGAACAAAGUGACGCCGACGAAUAAUUUUUGUAACAUAAACUUGGGAACAUGAUGCAUCAAUUAGUCCCACUCCCACCUGAUCCAGAUGGAGUGUAUGUGUGUUGUAUAUUUAUUAAUAUUUACAAAUGAGAUAUCUAUUCUAUGCUAACAGGGAAGUAGAGAGGGAAGAAGAAAAAUAGGUACAUAAAACAAAAAAGUAAUCAAACU